AUGGGGUCGUUCCGCUUUGGAUGGGGCGGCGUCUCUUUUCUCUCGCUGGGCAAACGGGAGCUCUGCACCAACGCAGCAGCAGCAGCAGCAGCAGCAGCAGCAGCAGCAGCAAGCAGCAGCAGAAGAGACAGCAGCAUCAGAGGCAGCAGCAGCAGCAACAAUGGAUUUCUGCUUCGCGAUUCAACGAAGCCGUCAAUCUUAUCUCCUCAGCUCGUACAGGUGAUGCAUCCCCAGCAGCAGCAGCAGCAGCAGCAGCAACAGCAGCAGCAGCAGCAGCAGCAGCAAGGGAUACGGUGGAGACUCCUCUCCUGGGGCGCCAACACGGUCUGGAACAAUGAAGUGGCGAUGCGCAGCUUCUGUGCCACCUUAGCUGCAGCUCGUACAGGUGAUGCAUCCCCAGCAGCAGCAGCAGCAGCAGCAGCAGCAGCAACAGCAGCAGCAGCAGCAGCAGCAAGGGAUACGGCGGAGACUCCUCUCCUGGGCGGUGAGGUGUCUGUACACCCCACGCUGGCGGAUCCAUCGGAGGGGGAGAUUUUGCCUGUGGCCUUUCUGGCUGUUGCUGACGACCCGCAGCAGCAGCAAACAGCAGCAGCAGCAGCAGCAGCAGCAGGAGAUAUGCUUGAACCUACAAGCAGCGGGCAGCGCGCUGCUGCUCUGUGGCCUUUCUGGCUGUUGCUGACGACCCGCAGCAGCAGCAAACAGCAGCAGCAGCAGCAACAGCAGCAGCAGCAGCAGCAGCAGGAGAUAUGCUUGAAUCUACAAGCAGCGGGCAGCGCGCUGCUGCAGUGA